AUGGCUGACCAGGCAGUUGCUGACUUCGGUUUGAUCGGUUUGGCCGUCAUGGGCCAGAACCUGAUCAUGAACGUCGCCGAUCACGGUUUCACUGUUUGCGCUUACAACCGCACAACCUCCAAGGUUGACCGCUUCCUUGAAAAUGAGGCCAAGGGCAAGUCCAUUGUCGGUGCUCACUCCAUUGAGGAGUUCUGCGCUAAGCUGAAGCGUCCCCGCCGUAUCAUGCUCCUGGUUAUGGCUGGAAAGCCCGUCGACCAGUUCAUUGAGUCUCUCCUGCCCCACCUUGAGAAGGGCGAUAUCAUCAUUGAUGGUGGUAACUCCCACUUCCCCGACAGCAACCGCCGUACCAAGUACCUUGCCGAGAAGGGCAUCCGCUUCGUCGGUAGCGGUGUCUCUGGUGGUGAGGAGGGUGCCCGUUACGGUCCCUCUCUCAUGCCCGGUGGUAACGAGGAGGCCUGGCCUUUCAUUAAGGAUAUCUUCCAGAGCAUUGCCGCCAAGAGCGAAGGUGAGGCUUGCUGCGACUGGGUCGGUGAUGAGGGUGCCGGCCACUACGUCAAGAUGGUCCACAACGGUAUCGAGUAUGGUGACAUGCAGCUGAUCUGUGAGGCCUAUGAUAUUCUCAAGCGUGGUGUUGGCAUGCCCGUCAACGAAAUCGCCGAAGUCUUCGACAAGUGGAACAAGGGUGUCUUGGACUCCUUCUUGAUCGAAAUCACCCGCGAUGUCCUCCGCUUCAACGAUGACGACGGCACUCCCCUCGUUGAGAAGAUCCUUGACAAGGCCGGCCAGAAGGGAACCGGCAAGUGGACCGCCAUCAACGCUCUUGACCUUGGUAUGCCUGUCACCCUGAUCGGUGAGGCUGUCUUCUCUCGUUGCCUCAGUGCCCUUAAGGACGAGCGUGUCCGCGCUAGCAGCCUCCUCCCAGGCCCCACUCCUCAAUUCACCGGUGACAAGCAGGCUUUCGUCGAUGAUCUGGAGCAGGCCCUUUAUGCUUCUAAGAUCAUCUCCUAUGCCCAGGGCUUCAUGCUCAUGCAGGAGGCUGCCAAGGAGUACGGCUGGAAGCUUAACAAGCCUUCCAUCGCCCUUAUGUGGCGUGGUGGCUGCAUCAUCCGCUCUGUCUUCCUGAAGGACAUCACCAACGCCUACCGCCAGAACCCCGACCUUGAGAACCUCCUCUUCGACAAGUUCUUCAACGAAGCCAUCGCCAAGGCCCAGAACGGCUGGAGAAACGUUGUCAGCAAGGGUGCUCUCUGGGGUAUCCCUACUCCCGCUUUCAGCACUGCUCUCAGCUUCUACGACGGAUACCGCACUCGGGACCUCCCCGCCAACCUGCUGCAGGCUCAGCGUGACUACUUCGGUGCCCACACCUUCCGCGUCAAGCCCGAGCACGCCAACGAGACCUACCCUGAGGGCAAGGACAUCCACGUCAACUGGACUGGACGUGGUGGUAAUGUGUCCGCCUCUACCUACAUUGCUUAA